UUCAGCUUGUCUUUGAUAGUUAUUUGCUGCACAUGUCAGCCCCUUUCUGACUGAUGGCUUUCAUCACUUAUUAGGUGUCUUUCAAAAUAUCCUUCUCUAUCAAGCUUCUUCCCUUCACUUUUAUCCCUAACCAUGAUCUUUCGUGCCUCAGGACUUGCUACACUGCUAGCUCUUGGAGCCAGUGCUUCGGUUCCACCACAACCGCGAGCUCCUUGCACCCACUCAGUCAUCGAGGAUACUAUCUCAUUUUUCAGUCAUGGAGCGGUUGCAGUCUCUCGACAAGUGACCAAUGCCUCUGCUUGUGCCGCUCAAUGUGCAACAAUGUCCACGUGUCAAGCCUGGCUAUACUCGACCUCAGGGCAAGAAUGUCAACAGUAUCGCGAGCAGCCCGUCUCCAAGGACUAUAAUCCGCUAUUUGUAUCUGGAAGCUGUCAAAGGCCGGCAGCAGUCUCGCCGGUCUCGUCGAUUGCUGUUCCCUCGGCCUCCUCCGGAACCCCGACUCCGUCUCUAUUUGCAACACCAAGACCUGCAGAGUCUUCUGCUGCAGUUAUCAAGCGCGAGCCCACCUCGCAUCAUCACCAUAAACAUCGUCAUGGUCAUUCUCCUCACUGAACAGGCACAGAACCCAGCGUUAGCUCAAUCUCCCCAGAGGCAUACUGCUUUCCGCGAUUUCUCUUGAGCUCUGCUCCAAGAAGACAUUUUUGGGGGUUGACUCUGCAGUGUCUGACUGUAC